AUGGCAGCUUGUGCUCUGUAUAACUUUUUGAUGGAUACACAGCCUACAGUUUAUGCCCCUGCAAAUUGUUUGUAUCAAGAAAGUGAUCAAAAUGGAAAUAUUUUGUCUGUUGGCUGCGAUAGUACACAAUCUAAUAUGAACCCACUACAAUCUUGUAAUCGAGGAAAUAUUUGUGAAAAUGCCAAAGAAGUUAGAGAACACUUCAUGGAUUACUUCAUGGACGAAGGGAAAGUGCCACGGCAAAAUAACCACAUAUUGAGGAACAACCAGAACUAA